UCUUCCAAAACAAGAGAGUUUCGUAUUUUGUUGACGGAUUGUUAUAGUUGUUGUGACUGAGUUAUCGCAAUAACUAGACAAAAGUAUCUUCAGAGAGAAACGAGGAUAAUUAUUUCGCAACGAGGGUGGACAAGGAAGGUUCUAGAAGAAAAUGAGAACGCUUAAUCGAACGAUUUGCUUCGUUUACGCGGUCGGAGAUGCCAUGAUUUUUUGAUGCUGACCGUGGUUUAAAGGGUUUCGCUGUGUUAAUCGUUUUACUCUUUUUGUCAUAAAGAAACCGGUUUAGCUUGUGUACAAAGCUUGGAACCGUUUGAUUUUGAUUUUUUGUUCAUUUUACUUCACUGUUUUAAUUCACCCAUGGGAAGUUCUACUUCAAAGUUCCGCAAAGCUCUUCAACGUGGUGAAGGAGUCGAGGCCAUGCACAUUUAUCUCAAGAACCCUGAGAUUAAAAGAAAUCUUGAUCCGAACUGCAGCUUCGGAGUGAAUCAUGGCCGGAACACUGCACUUCAUUACGCCGCAAUGCAUGCAAUGAAGGCUUUUAUACGCGAGUUCCUGGAGGAAAGAGCUAACCCGAAUAUUACGAACGCGAUAGGGCAAAAUGCCCUGCACUGUGUUACCUUGAGUUUACGAGGAGUAGAAUCAUCCGUCGAUAAAGCGAGAGCGGAAUGCUUGUCAAUUCUUCUAGGAUGGAAUUCAACUCUUCCGGAAGGAGCAGGGCUAGAGAUCGACGCACGCGAUCAGGCAGGAAACACUCCUCUGCACUAUGCUGCGAGUUCAGGACUAUAUCAGUGUGUUCAGUUUUUGGUUGCUAAUGGAGCAUCACUUUAUGAAGAAAACAAGAACAGGGAAACUGCUUGUGACUUCGCCAUUAAAAAAGGAUUUAACACUAUUGCUGCUUUCUUGGAAUCAAGGAUGGUUUUCUCUCAAGAGUCUCCAAGUGCCAAUACAGUUGAAGAGCCUGUCUUCAUCAGUAGAGAUGACCAGAAGCAGUACAGAGGUCUAUGUGCUCAAGACCUUCAAGAAGCAAAGGAUCAGAUGCUUGUAGAAACUGCAGAUAUGCUUAGGGUCCCAUUGUUUACCGCUGAAGGGCUACUUCGGGAUCAUGAGUGGUCCAAGGAAUCUCUGAUUGAAGCUUGGAUGGCAGAUCCUGUUGCAGCCUGCGAGAAAGCUGGAGUUACACUUCCAGAGAAUCAUGCCACAGGCAAUGUAGAACUUGAAGAGAAAACUCACCUUGCAAUAAAAACCAACUUUGGAGCAUCUGAAGUUUGUUCCAUCUGUGACAAUCAAAUACUAUAUGAAGAUGUUCCUCUGUCUCUUUCUUGUAACCAUGAGUUUUGUCGUUCUUGCUGGGAAAGUUACUUGAAUGUGAAGAUCAAAGAAGGCAACACUCAUAACAUUCAGUGUCCUGCAUUUGAUUGUAGUACUCUGGUUCCUGUGGAAACUAUUGAAAGUCUUGUAUCAAGAGAAAUGGCAAGAAGAUAUCUUCAGUUUGAUAUUAAGGCUUUUGUAGAAAGUAAUCCCACACUGAAGUGGUGCCCUUCACCUGGGUGUGGCCGAGCAGUGAGGCUGCCAUCAAGCAUGCUACCCUCAUUGAAUGUGUCAGUGGAAGCAGGUUCCUCAGGGGAGACUGAGGCGAUAAUUGUAGAUUGUGGUAGUGGUCACUUUUUUUGUUGGCAUUGUUUAAAGGAAGCCCAUCUGCCCUGUUCAUGUGAACUUUGGAGUAAAUGGCUGGAAAAAAUUGCUGAAAUGUUACCAAAGAUUCCUACAGCAGAAGACAUUUCUGAGUGUCCUGAAACCGAAGCAGUCGCUAACACUCUUUGGCUUGUGACAAACUCAAAAUGUUGCCCCAACUGCAAAUCACCCAUUCAGAAGAACGAGGGAUGCAACCACAUGAAGUGUACAAAGUGCAAACACGAGUUCUGCUGGGUUUGUCUGGAACAGUGGAAAAAACACAGUUCUGCUACAGGAGGAUAUUUUAGGUGUAAUCGAUUUGAGAUUGUACAAAAAGUCGAAUCAGAGUCAGCCAAGGUAGUAACUGAGAUUAACACAAAGAAUGACGAGAUAACCCAAUUAAAUUGCUUUCUACAUUAUUACUCACGCUUUAAGAACCAUGAAAAUAGCUACAAGGUAAGAGAACACAAGAUAUAUAUAGCUAAGGAUAAAAUGUCUGCACUAGCUGUUGCUGCCAUGGAAACAGCUGCAACUUCAGUGGAAAAUGCUGACACAUCAUUUAUCGAAGACGCCGUUCACGGACUGCUAAAUGCAAGGAGAGUACUUCGAGCCUCAUAUGCUCAUGGAUACUUUCUCACUGGUAACAAGGACAAGAGAGCAAUCUUUGAAUCAAUGCAGACCGAAGUUGAAGAAGCAACAGAAACAUUGUCACAGAUGGUUGCUCGACCAUACUUGAGGACACCGCGGGCUCAGAUCAUCCAUACCACACAGCUGUUACACCGGAAGCGAGAUGACUUUCUGUUAGCUCUGUCACGUGGCCUAAUACCGGAUGACGACGAACUACCGGAGCCUAACAGCUUCGUGCCAAGGCUCUUCUCAUUAUCCAGAGGAAGUCAAGAUAGUGAGUCUGACGAAGAUGCAGACAAUUACGACGAAGUUCGCAGCGCAAUAGAACUGUCCAUCAUCAAAGAGCGUUUCUCUCGGCUGGCAUCGGUUGGAUCUACUGAUUCAUCCCCGUUUAGUGAAGAUGUGUUUGAAGAACAAGCCGCCUCCAAGGAAAAAGUUACCUGUGAGGCAAUUCAUAAGAGAUUCAAUCUCUCCUCUUGUUACUUGUGCAAAUAUGGAAAAACAAAAGAGAAGGGGGCGGAAAGAAGGAGAAGGCGCCAACGACGUAGCAAGCCAGCUGACGCUGAAGACGAAAUGGAUGUUGAUAUCAUGCGCGCAAUCCAUUUGUCACUACUGCAACACAGUACACCAACCAAUCAGAGAAGCCGUCAAUCAAGCUCAUCCAGCAGUUCGACUGGCUCUUACAGAGACCAGGCACACGGGGUGCAGGCGCCCCCGCAUGGGGUGCAGGCACCCCAGGACCUGUCUUACCUCUCUGUUGUGGAUGGGGCUUCUCUCCAGAAGGCUAUAGAGUUGUCACUUCAAGAUUCGGCUGUUGGAGGUGAACUGUCCUCUUCUCCCGAUGAUGAUCUUAAACAAGCCAUCAAACUAUCUCUACAGGACAGCGGUCUUCCCCAGGAGGGAACUGCUGGGACUGGAAGCACGAGCGGUUCGCGACAAAACCAACAAACCAAAGAGCAAGACGACUCUGACAGUGAUAGUGAAUUCGACAUUUGCCUUUAAACCGUAAUAGAUCCAUUAGAAUUUUAAAUUGUAAACAUUUUUAUACGGCAUAAUUCCAAGGGAAAGCUUAGCUCGGUAAGUUUUACUGAGUAGUCUCCGAUAGGGUGUCAUAGACAAAGUUAAAAUAAGAAUCACUAAGGACAGCUUCAUAACUAGUGAUAAACGAAAUUACCACCAAGAAGCUUUCAUUUGAGUGGUCACACACUAGGUUUUCAUCCACAAACUCAAACGUUAAAUCCACUUGUUUUCCAGUGAAAUCAGUAAACGGCACCGGGUAAAAAAUGCCACUCAGAAACUUUAAUUUGAUCGUUCGCACAAUAAACGCAGUGGUUAAACAUCUGCGUUUUAAUGCCUAGGUGGUGUGUUAUCGCAUAUUUUGCAUGACAGCGGCUGUAACUUAUGCUGACCUUUGAAAUUUUGUGGGAAAUUUUCACGUGGCUGGCCAAAAUUCGUCCCUGUGUGCAUGUUCGACGUUUGACAGCUGUGCCCACAACCUCGUUCCCAGGGUCUCUCAUCUUCCCAUUCCAGGAAGCAGGAAGAUGAGAGACCCUGGGAAAGAUAUUGUUAUUUUCACACCGUAGGGUUUUAUCAGAAGUCUUGAAAGCCAGAAAAACCUUUUAAAGCGUAGUAGACACUGCCACGUAAAAGUACCACCUAAAAGCAUUUGAAUGGCCGUACACUUUGGUUUCAUUCAUGGAUUAAGUAGUUAGAACUGUUUAGUACUUUUCAUUUGAAUGUUCAUAAUUGCCGAGUAGUUAGUUAUCUGUAGACUCAGUCAAUUUCAUCAUGUACAGUAAAAUAAACAAUAACACAUUAGGAUAUUGUUAAAAAGCUGAAUUAUGUAAAAUGGUAAGUUCUUAAUUUUUUUUUUUGUGUGUGUGUGUGUAUAGGGGAGUUGUAUGCUUCAGUUUAAUUUAACCGUGCCAUACCAAUGCACAAUAAUAAAGGUGGUAUUUUCAGGUAUUAGUUUUAAUUUUCGUGUAGUUCUGAAUAAAACGAGUGAUGAAGACACUAGCCGAAUUAACUUUCUAAUUUAAUACAUGCAUUUUAAUGAUGCAAAUUAUAAAAAUUUUACUCCACCAGUAGUGUAUUCUCCACAGUGCAUACAACUAUGCAACCUGUUCGUCCUUCUACCCUUAAAGAGUGACCAGCAUCUAAUUUCUCCUUACAAUAUCACCCCUGAAUCACACAUUAAGGUCAUGAGAAUAAAGUAAA